AACACUAUCAAAUCUCAAGCUUAUAGCCAUUGUCGAACUCCAUCAUCUAAUGGCUUCUUCAUCGAAACCCAAAAGUAUUUACGACGUCUUCUUGAAUUUCAGAGGUACAGACCUGUGCAACAACUUCCUCGGUCAUCUCUACAAAGCUUUAAACCAGAAUGGAAUAUACACUUUUAUUGAUCGCGAGGAAAUGAGGAAGGGAGACCAAAUAUCGGCGGCGCUUAUGAAAGCCAUUGAGCAAUCGUGUAUUGCAAUCAUCAUUUUUUCGGAGGAUUACGCUUCUUCACAUUGGUGCUUGGAAGAGGCGACAAAGAUUAUGGAGUGCAAGGAGCAAAAUGACCUGACCGUUCUACCGGUUUUUUAUAAAGUGGAUCCAAGAGAAGUGAGAGGGGGAAAAGAGAGGUAUGGGAAAGCUCUGGCUAAGCAUGAGUCCAAGUUUGGGAAGGAUUCGGAGAAAGUGAAGAGAUGGAAGAAAGCCCUUUUCAACGCCGGUAACUUGUCCUGGUGGCAUUUGAAUGAUGGGCCUUCCAACAAUUGAAGUUCCUUUCAUUUACCAACUGCAACUCAUUGGUUUGUACGCCCGACCUCUCAUGUGCUCCGAAUCUCCAGGAAUUGUACAUUUGGAAUUGCAAAAGCAUGGUAGAAGUCCACGAGUCGAUUGCAUAUCAUGACAAGUUACGGGUGUUGCAAUUAAUUGGGUGCUCUGAAUUUAGUGUUUUUCCAAAUGUGCUCCAGUCAAAAAAUCUUAGAGAUCUCUAUCUUG